CAGCGCAGCGCAGCCAUGGCAGGCCCGAGGGGCACUGCGCCGGGGCAGCAGCUCCGCGCCCUCUUCUACGUGCUGCCGCCCGGGGAGAGCUCCUUCCGCACGGUGGAGGAGGUGCCCAACUACGUGGACAAGAGUAUUCCAUUCUUCGUUGCUUUUAUUGUGCUGGAGUUUGCUGUCAGCUGGGUUCAGAAGCGUAAGCUGCCAGGUCGGAUCAAUGAUGGCAUAAGUUCUCUUUCUUUAGGUAUCCUGUCUCGACUACCAGAUGUUUUAUUCAGAAGUGUUGAAUUAAUCAGUUACAUCCACGUAUGGAAUAACUACAGGCUCUUGGAACUGCCCUGGGACUCUCAAUGGACGUGGUAUUUGACACUCUUGGGAGUGGACUUUGCAUACUACUGCUUUCAUCGUUUGAGCCAUGAGGUGAACAUACUGUGGGCAGCACACCAAAUACAUCAUAGUUCUGAAGAUUACAACUUGUUCACAGCCUUGAGACAAUCUCUACUGCAAAAAUACACCUCCUGGAUUUUCAAUUUGCCCAUGGCUCUUUUCAUUCCUCCUUCAGUGUUUGCUGUUCAUCUACAGUUCAAUCUGCUUUACCAGUUUUGGAUUCAUACAGAGGUUAUCACCAACCUUGGGCCUCUGGAGUGGAUUCUUAAUACUCCCAGUCACCAUAGAGUUCAUCAUGGUAGAAAUCCUUACUGUAUUGACAAAAAUUAUGGUGGCACACUCAUCAUCUGGGACAGGAUAUUUGGAACAUUUGAGGCAGAAGAUGCAAAAGUUGUAUAUGGCUUAACACAUCCAGUAAACUCCUUUGAUCCCAUCAUGCUCCAGUUACGUCCCUUGGCUCAUAUUUGGAAUACGUUUUGGGCCACACCUGGAUUCUGCAAUAAGCUUUCUGUCAUAUUCAAAGGGCCCGGCUGGGGACCAGGCAAACCUAGACUUGGCCUUCCUGAGGAAAUCCCAGUGGUCACUGGAAAAGAAGUCCCCUUCAAUCCAAGUGUAGCAGGUUAUCUUAAUUGCUAUGCAGUGGUACAUUUUGCUGUAGUAUUGGAUUUGUACACUGAACUUCUUGGUACAGUGACUAUGUUAUCACAGGGAACUAUUCUCCUGAGAAUUGCCUUUAUCAUUCUGUCCCUGACCUCUUUUGGACUGCUUAUGGAGAACAAGCCCAAAGCAGGAAUUUUGGAGUUCAUUCGCUGCUUAGUCUUUGUAGCUGGGUACAAAUUUGGCUACCUAAGGAGUCAGUUUUCUUCUUUGAGCUACGCAUAUGAGAAUUCCCUUAAUAAAUUAUCCUUCUUCUUGAAUGUGGAAAGAAGUGCAUUGAUUUGUGCUUUGAGAUUGCACGGAUUAAAUAUGGCCUCACUUUUUCAUCUGUUGUAUUAAUCACAUUGAACAAACGACCUCCACAGCCAAUAUG